AUGUCUGGCUCCUCUUCAAAUCUCACGGACCGAAUGGACUCGCCAGCUCAUGAGACCACAAGACAAUUUGUCCAACAGACCGGCGCCGCUAUCUUUACAUUGGAUGGCGAACGGGGGUCUGGUAGAUCACAGCUCUGUGCACAACAGUCUGACGGCCGUCUCACAUGCACAGAGAUCGCUUUGGAAGCCAAAUCCCUCUUCUCGACGAUGCAAAGCCUCAACUUCUUCUGCACCUUGCCGCAAGAUCCGUCCAAGACACACAUCAACUGUCAACGCAUCCCUUCUUCGUAG